CCACGGCCUUGCAGUUCAACACUCGCUCGCGAGUAUUCCCUCUGAGUUCUCUUGUCCUGAGUCUCCGCCCCCUGGCGUCAGCCUGCUGGCCACUCACUGUUGAUGGAGCCCCAAGUGCCCCCUGUCUGCCAUCUCUCUCUCUCUUACCCACACACACACCGCAAGGACAUGAGGGUGCCUUCGCGACGCCGAGAAGUCGUCCUCACAGCACUGACAAAGCACUGACAACACGCGAGGGCGAUGAUUCCUGUGACUGAAUUCCGGCAAUUCUCGGAGCAGCAGCCAGCUUUUAGAGUUCUGAAGCCAUGGUGGGAUGUUUUUACGGACUACCUCUCUGUGGCAAUGCUCAUGAUUGGAGUCUUUGGAUGUACUCUGCAGGUAAUGCAGGAUAAAAUAAUCUGCCUUCCAAAGAGAAUUUCUAUGCCAAAUGCGACCAGUGAUCCUGUUUCAGAUUCACAUCUGUCAGCAACAAUCCAUCCUCCUCCAGCCAAUGAAAUGAAAGGUCUGAAAACCAAUCUUGACCUCCAGCAAUACAGCUUCAUAAACCAAAUGUGCUAUGAACGGGCUCUACACUGGUAUGCCAAAUAUUUUCCAUAUCUGGUGCUUAUACACACUCUGGUGUUCAUGCUUUGCAGUAAUUUUUGGUUCAAGUUUCCUGGGUCUAGCUCUAAAAUUGAACACUUCAUAUCCAUCUUGGGAAAGUGUUUUGACUCACCUUGGACCACUCGAGCUCUGUCUGAGGUGUCUGGAGAAAACCCUGAAGAGAAGGACAAUAAAAAAAACAACCUCAACAAGUCUUCCUUAAACGUAUCAGUGAUUGAGGGUAACCUUGUGAAAACACAGUCGCUGAAGUCCAUACCAGACAAGCUUGUGGUUGACAAGCCUUCAGCUGGAGCCUUAGACAAAAAGGAAGGAGAGCAAGCCAAAGCACUCUUUGAAAAAGUAAAAAAAUUUAGGCUUCAUGUGGAGGAAGGAGAUUUACUUUAUAGUAUGUAUGUCCGGCAGACUGUCUUAAAGGUUUUAAAGUUCCUAAUUAUUAUAGUUUAUAACAGCGCUCUUGUUUCAAAAGUUCAGUUUACUGUUAGCUGCAACGUGGACAUUCAGGACAUGACUGGAUACAAGAAUUUCUCUUGCAAUCACACAAUGGCCCACUUGUUUUCCAAACUGUCUUUUUGCUACCUGUGCUUUGUUAGCGUUUAUGGGCUCACGUGCCUUUACACCCUAUAUUGGCUGUUUUAUCGUUCUCUCAAAGAGUACUCUUUUGAAUAUGUACGACAGGAGACAGGGAUUGAUGACAUCCCUGAUGUCAAAAAUGACUUUGCGUUCAUGCUUCACAUGAUUGACCAGUAUGACCCUCUCUACUCCAAAAGAUUUGCUGUUUUUCUGUCUGAGGUUAGUGAAAAUAAGCUGAAGCAGCUGAACUUGAACAACGAAUGGACUGCUGAUAAACUGCGUCAGAGGUUGCAGACAAAUUCAAGCAAUAGACUGGAACUACAGUUUUUUAUGCUUUCAGGCCUUCCGGACACAAUUUUUGAAAUUACAGAACUGCAGUCACUGCGUCUGGAAAUUAUUAACAAUGUUACUAUACCAGCCGCCAUUGCACAACUUGAAAACCUUCAAGAGCUUUCCUUAUACCAAUGCUCUUUAAAGAUUCACUCUGCUGCUGCUUCAUUUUUAAAAGAAAAUCUGAAGGUCUUGAGAGUCAAGUUUGAUGACAGCAGGGAGCUACCACCAUGGCUAUAUACGUUAAGAAAUUUAGAAGAACUUAACCUUAUUGGCUCUUUAAGUCCUGAUGCCUCUAAGAACAUUACCCUUGAUUCUCUGCGUGAACUCAAAAGCCUCAAAACCCUUUACUUGAAAAGCAACUUCACCAAAAUCCCCCAGUCGAUUGUUGAUGUUGCCAGCCACCUUCAAAAACUUUAUAUCCACAAUGAUGGCACAAAACUUGUGAUGCUAAACAAUCUGAAGAAAAUUGCAAACCUGACUGAUUUAGAGCUAGUUCAUUGUGAUUUGGAACGAAUACCACAUGCCAUAUUCAGCCUUAUAAACCUCCAGGAGUUGGAUCUAAAAGAAAACAAUAUCAAAUCAAUUGAAGAGAUUGUUAGCUUUCAGCAUUUGCGCAAGCUCACAUGCUUAAAGUUGUGGUACAACAGUAUCACCUAUAUUCCUGAGCAUAUUAAGAAACUGGUGGGCCUAGAAAGGCUUUAUUUCAGCCACAAUAAAAUUGAGGUGCUGCCCUCUCACCUUUUUUUGUGCAACAAACUUAGAUAUCUGGACUUGUCCUACAAUGAUAUAAGAUUUAUUCCUCCUGAAAUUGGUGUCCUUCAGAGUCUGCAGUACUUUUCAGUCACAUGCAACAAAGUAGAAAGUUUGCCAGAUGAACUUUACUUUUGCAAAAAACUGAAGACUUUAAAAUUAGGGAAGAACACACUAUCAGUGUUGUCUCCAAAGAUUGCAUACCUUAAUUUACUGACACACUUGGACCUCAAAGGGAACCACUUUGAGUCACUACCUGCUGAGUUGGGCUGCUGUAGAGUGUUGAAGAAAAGUGGCCUCAUUGUGGAAGACAUUUUGUUUGAAACUCUGCCUUCAGAAGUCAGGGAGCAAAUGAUUGCAGAAUAAUCUGCUUUCUCUCUUAGAAUACCAAAUGUCUUAAAAACAGUAAUUUGCAGUGUUAUAAUUCUGUUUCUAUGAUAGUAUGUGGGGAUACUUGUAUAUAAAUAGAGUAUACCUACUUAAAUUUGCUACUGUAUUUUUUUCUGAAUUCAACCUUUAUUUUUGACAAUUUAAUGCAUUUAAACACCAAUAUACUAAAACAUAAACCUAAAGAUUAUUUUUGUUAAUGGAGUUAUUUUAUGGUGCUUCUCUAUUGAAAUCUUUUUUUGUACACCACUUCAGUAAGUGCACUGCUUACUGUAUUUAAAGUGUUUCCUAAAGUACUGGAAAACUUGUUAUUCUUCUUAUUAGAGUGCAGUUUCUGAAUUUUGAUGAAAGUAUUACAUUUUACCAGAAUCUUUAUCAGUGAUUCAAAUUAUAUCUUUUUAAGUGAAAGUGGCAAGUAUAUAAAAGCCUGCAUUACAGUUAACCUAUAAUAACACCAUAAAAUGCAGCUUUGUAAGUGUUGUUUAAAUUGUAUUAUAUAGAAAAGUUUUAAAAAGCAUAAUACAUGUACACUUCUGUUUUAUUUAUUUUAUUUUCUAUGAUGCCGUGACCUUGAACUGGGGAAAUAGGCUAGAAAAUGGAUAUGUUCAAAAGCUGUCAUUUUGCUUCAAAAUUUUUAUUUGUUCUAUUUUGCUUUUUGUGCUAAUUUAUUUUCUAAAUAAUCAUUCCCCAUGUGAAAGGUGAAAUGGUAUACCCUUGUUUUUCAAAAUACAUCAUUUCCUUGUACUUCACUUUAAUCAGGCCUAAGUUUGGUUUCAGUCAUGUCUUAAUUAUCAGACAGUUUUGGUUAUUAUAAAGCCUUAAUAUAUAUUCUCACA